AUCCCAUUGGCCGUGUCUCAUAUCUAUAUGGACGCUUUUAGCUUACAGUGGUGCAGUAGGCUGAAUAUCAGUGUUCUGUGCCCAUAAAGGGGAAGGCUUCCUAGCUAUUCUGUUAGAAUAUCUUAAAAAUAGUUUGGAAGCAAUAACAACCCUCAGAUGGUCACCCUCCUGGGAUCUCCAGCUGAGCUCACUACAGUGGGAGUCAAUGAGAAAAGUACUCCUGGCGAUGCCACCGCUGGAAGCAUGAAGAUUGUGAGUUGGAACAUCAAUGGGAUCCGGGCAACUCGGGUGGGACUAAAGGAGACGCUGGAUUCCCUGGAUGCUGAUAUUAUCUGCCUGCAAGAGACUAAAGUCACCAGAGAUCUGCUGGAUGAACCUUCCGCCAUAGUGGAAGGAUAUAACUCCUACUUCAGUUUUAGCCGUGGGCGGAGUGGUUACUCAGGGGUUGCAACAUUCUGCAAGAGCAGCACAACCCCAUGGGCAGCUGAGGAAGGGCUCUCCGGCAUGUUGUGCAACCAUACGGGUUCCAUCGGCUGCUAUGGAAACACAGAAGAGUUCUUAGAAGAGGAGCUGCAGUCCUUAGACCAGGAGGGCAGAGCAGUACUAACACAACACAGGAUCCGAAACUGUGAGGGUAAAGAGGAAACGCUCACUGUGAUCAAUGUUUACUGCCCUCGCGCUGACCCAGAAAAGCCAGAGCGGAAGACCUACAAACUGCGCUUCUAUCGCCUGCUGCAAACGCGUGCUGAGGCCAUUUUGCAGAAAGGCGGACAUGUGAUUAUCUUGGGAGACGUUAACACUUCCCACAGGCCUCUCGAUCACUGUGAUCCGACAGAUUUGGAAACCUUUGAGGAGAAUCCCGGUCGCCAGUGGCUUAAUCAGUUCCUGGGCGAUCCUGUCCCAUCCCAAAAGGGAGAUUCAGAAACAGGCACACCACCUAGUGGUGGAUCUGGGCGCUUCUAUGACAGUUUCCGAUACUUCCACCCUACACAGAGGAACGCCUUCACGUGCUGGUGUUCCGCUUCUGGGGCUAGGCAGACUAAUUAUGGCACUCGUAUUGAUUACAUCCUGGGAAACAGUGAGCUAGUGGAGAGAGAAUUUCUGGAUUCAAUAAUAAUGCCAGAGGUGGAAGGGUCAGACCACUGUCCGGUUAAAGCUGUUAUGAAAUGCAGGCCUAUAGCAGCUAACAAAUGUCCACCUUUGUGCACCAAGUAUCUGCCUGAGUUUGCUGGCCGACAGCAGAAGUUAUUGCAGUUUCUGAUGAAAAAGGAGAACACUUCAGGCAACGCAACAGAGGAAAGCUCAGAGCUGCUGGGCUCUCAAUCAUCUGCAGAAGGAGCUGAGAUCAGUACUGUACGCAAGCGGGGCUCUGAUAAACUGAAUGGCACUUCAAGGAAAAAGAACAAAAUGGGGACAAAUAUUGGUCAAGGCAGCCUCCUGAGCUUCUUUAAGCCAGAUGGGCAGAAAUUAACUGUGGCACCAGAGCACAAUCCCAGUGAUGUGUCCAUUUGUAAAAAGGAGGAUACAAUGCCCAAAGAAUAUAAAACCGCUCCUUCUGCAGUUAAAUAUAACCAGCCACAGGCUGCCUUUUGGAAAUCCUUGCUCAAGGGCCCCCCUCCCCCACCCAACUGUAAGGGCCAUGGUGAACCCUGUGUUCUGCGGACGGUAAAAAAGGCCGGUCCUAACUGUGGACGCCAGUUUUAUGUCUGUGCCCGGCCUGAGGGUCAUUCAACAAACCCCCAGGCCAGAUGUAACUUUUUCCUCUGGCUCACCAAAAAAGCUGGAGGUGAGGACUGAUAUUCUCCAUGCCAAGAAUCCUGGUGUCAGACUUACUGGCUCUUUAUGCCCCGUAGUUUAUUCUUCAUUCCAACAGAAUGGGGGGGUAUGUACCCCAGCUGUGUUGUUAAUGUGCACUGGAACUAAAUUUAGUAACCCCAGCCCCUGAGAAUAACAUCUCAGUUGCUAUCAAAUAAUAUCUGUAGCAUUUAUACAUGUUGGUCGUUGUUCUGUGUUUGUGUCUCUGCUGUGACAUUCGGCCCAGACCUUUGUUACCUCAAUCAGAAAAAAACAAAAACUGUAAAGCUCUUGUAUUUAUAGAAAUGGCAAUUUUUUUAAACCGUUUUCUGCAAUAAAUUUUUUUCUAAUUCUA